GCUCCGGGCCGCACGAGGACCCGCAGAGUUCCAGCGAACCCUUUCCUGCCCUCCCCUCCCGUCCUCUCUCCCCCCGCGAAACCGGAACGUGCAGAUGACCGUGUUCCGCAGGGGAGGGAGAACACGCCUCUCCAACCCAAGGGCAGGGCGCAUUCGGCUUCCACCGUCACCCUCCGGGGAGACAAGGACCUCGCGGGCCCCCUGCCCAAGCCCAAGCCCAAGCCAGGGCCGUGCCCGACGCCUCACCCGGGACCGCCAUUUCUCCGAGCUCCGGCCCAGGCCCUGGCGCGCCGCAGACUUCCGCCCGAGAAAGCGGUUCCAACUAAACGGCGGAGGGGGAACAGCUACGCAAAAGUACCGCCCCGCCAACAUGAACCCCAGUAACAGAUUCAACACCCUUGAAGAGAUAGUGACUCUCUAUGGUUCUGACAAUGAUACUGAAAGUGUGAAUUUACAGCUAAGCACCUUAGAAGGGGAAAACAAAAAUCAAGCUGAUCUCACAGACACUAAUACUUCUCAUACCCCUGAAACUUCUGGAAAAGGUUUUAAAGCUUUCAGACAUCCAGAGCCUCAGGGAGCCCCAGGUGUGAUUAUGAUAGAAAAGCUGAUAAAUUCCAUUCGGGAAUACCUUAAGAGUGAUCGAAAGGGUGUUCUCGAAAAGCUGGUGUUCUUGCGAUCUUUGUCUACUCUCAGUCAUGCUAUACCCUAUGAUGAAACCACUGAGUCAUUCAUUCAUGAGAAUCUCUCACAAAUCCAGAAUGCUAUAACUAUUCUAGUUCAGCAAGAACCACUUCACUCUCUCUUCAGUCCUGUGCGACAGGAACUCUUUAUAGCCAUCACUGACCUGAGUUGCCAGGAUAUCAAUUUACUGCUUGGGUCUGAUGAUAAAUCAAACCUCUUCAGUGAUCUCAUUAAAAGCAUAAUAACUCUUCCCUCCAUCAAGACUUUAAGUAUACUUCAAACAGUCAUGCCAAAUGUACAAUACGACACAGAGUCUCUUUACAGGCAAACAUUUCAGGCAUUCUGUGAAAUGCUUCAGUGUUUGGUGAUACAAGAUCCACAUUUAGAAAAUCUUGAUCAAAUUUUGGAGCUCAUGGAGCCAUGGUUACAGUCAACAAAAGACCAUGAACGAGAGAGAGCUACAACCAGUAUGUCUCAAAUGCUGAGAUGCUUAUCUAGACAUCUCAAUUUGCAACCUCCUCUGUACUUUCAAAAGCUGGGGAGCCUAGUGGCUCUGAUGGCCCUGCUUUGUGGGGAUCCGGUGGAGGAGGUGGCCCAAGAGGCCGCAGAGGGCAUCCACUACCUUCUCCACAUCACUUUGAAGCUAAAGGGUAUCACUGGUGAUAGGAAGAGUCGUCAGAAUAUAAAAGAUAUAAUGAAAAAAUGUAAAGAAUUACUAGACAUCAACAACAUCAAAGAGUUCUAUAGCAACCCUUUCAAAAUUGCCCAGGUCUUUGAAGUUCUUCUUAGUCCAAAUGAACUUGUUCAGUUUAUAGUGACUACCUUGGAUGGACUGAAAAAUCUGAAACAUCCUUGUACCCAACAAUCAGCAGGAGAGUUGCUAGUGACAUUGGUCAAAAGUGCUGAAACACGAUUUGAGAAGGUACCGGACAUCAUGAGAGCUAUUUGUGACCGGCUGCCCAUAAUCAGUCAGCCUAGUGCCCGCCAACAGGCCAUAAACAUUGUGAGCCUGUUCAUCUCCAGGCCCAAGUAUACGGAUGCAGUGCUCAACCACCUUUUGUAUUAUCCAAUUCCAUUUGACAGACAUUUGGCUGAGUUGUGGAGGACUCUUGAUAUUGACUUGCCCAACACUACCUGGAUUCUGUGGAGACUGCUGAGGAAGCUACAGAAGUGUCACAAUGUCGAUCAAGAAAAGAUGGAAUAUAUAGCUGUGGCGGCCACUGAGGCUCUUUAUGAAAUAUUUGUGGGAAAUAAGCUUCAAGCAGCAAUGUAUCGACUUUUUCCUCAACUCCUCAUGGCCCUCCUCAUUCAGGUUCAUCACAGCAUUGGUCUUACAAUGUCAGAUAUCACUAUCCCUGAUGAUAUGUAUCUUAGUAACAAAGAUAUUUCUACCUCUACCCCUUUGAGCUUUGCCAUACAGGCUACCAAGACCCUCCUCUUAAGAACAGCAUGCUGGUAUGAAUUUAAUGUCAUGGAAAAGAGAAAAGGAUGGAACCUGCUAGAAAUGGAAUAUUUUCAUCUUGAUGGAGUGUCUCUUCUUGCCAAUGUUUUAUUGGAAAAACAUGGUAUGCUUGCUCAUAAGGUCUUAUACUUGCUAAUCCCUUUACUUAAUCGAGGGAAUGAGAAACAUAGACUUACAUCUGCAGCCUUCUUUGUUGAGCUUUUCCAGAGUCCACUAGCCAGGAGGAUUCCUAAAAGAUAUACUAUUACUCGAUUAGAAGAAUGGCUAUAUCAUGAAAAUCAUCAAUUCAGAGUUCUCAGCCUGAAAGGAAUGGACAGCCUUCUCUGUCAUCAUCAAGGAAAGGAGGAAGCUAUCAAAGGCAUGAUACCAGUCAUCUUAAGCAAUUUAAGUGAAACAGAUGAAAAGAUUGUUUUAUUUUCCAUCAAUGUACUUCGAAGUCUCCUUGAUACCAUGGACUUUACUACACUCAAAACUACCAUGCAGGCCCUGUUCUCCCUAUUUAGUGAUUUUAGACCAAAUGUCCAUCUUUUUGCUGUGAAUGUUUUUGGAGACUCCAUUAAGAUGGUGAAACACAAGAAUAAGCAAGACAUAGAGGGCCAAAUUCUAGAGAGUUUGAUUCCAUUACUUCUCCAUUCGCAGGAUGAAAAUGAGGCAGUAGCUGAGGAGAGCAGUAGGGUUCUUACUAUAUGUUGCCGUUUCUUAAAAUGGAAGCUGCCACGACAAGUGUACAAUAAAGAUCCUUGGCACAGCAAUCCUUCUGGAAUAGGAGUAAUCUGCAAAUUCUUUGAACAAAAAUGUAGGGGGAAAUGUAACAUCAUGAUGCAGACCAUGAACUAUAUCAAAAACCAUCAGGUCCAGUUAAAAAGGGCAGCAAUACUUUUUACAGGGCUGUUAGCAAAGUACAUGGACCACAAUGAACUCCGAAUGAAGGGGACCGAGUGGAUAGAGGAAGUUCUGAGACCUCUGCUGCAAGAUCCUGAGCCUUCUGUGCGUAUUAUUGCCUGCCAGGCUCUUUGCAGAGUCCAAAAAGCAGGUGCAGAACCAGAGCCCAGACCUGAAGCAUGCAGAAUGAGGAAGUUCUUCAAUUUUAUCUGUUAGAAAUAGUUGGAAUCCACAAACAUCAGGCUAUAUAUUCCCAAGAUGAAAGAAAGAACACAAUAUAUGAUUUUUGUGGAGAAUUUACUUGAAACUUUCACUGUCACUUAAGACUCCUACUCUAUUCAGCUAUUAGAAGGAUUGAAGAAAUAAUCAAUAAAAUUACAUUAGAGGUUUUAGAAAUAUCUACUUACUUCAAAAUUUUUAUUAUUUUUGUAGAUGAAUUGUGGUAGGGGUUUUUUUCCCACCAGAGUUGGGUUUAUAAAACCCUUAUAAAAUCUUUGUUCCCUAAACAGAAAUUUCUGGAAUUUUCAUUUUGUUCAGUUUCAGUGAUUUGAACUAAACAAAACAUUAUACUGCAUAUUGCUGUUUGCAAUAUU